CGCCGCCCGGCAGUUAUGUAUUCUCCGCUCUGUCUCACCCAGGAUGAGUUCCAUCCUUUCAUCGAAGCACUUCUUCCCCAUGUCCGCGCCUUCGCCUACACAUGGUUCAACCUGCAGGCCCGAAAGCGGAAAUACUUCAAAAAGCAUGAGAAGCGCAUGUCGAAGGAAGAGGAGAGGGCUGUGAAGGAUGAACUGCUAAGUGAGAAGCCUGAGGUCAAGCAAAAGUGGGCUUCCCGACUUCUGGCCAAGUUACGGAAAGAUAUCCGACCUGAGUACCGAGAGGAUUUUGUUCUUACAGUUACAGGGAAAAAACCUCCAUGCUGUGUUCUUUCCAACCCAGACCAGAAAGGCAAGAUGCGGAGAAUUGACUGCCUCCGCCAGGCAGAUAAAGUAUGGAGGUUGGACCUCGUCAUGGUGAUCUUGUUCAAAGGUAUUCCGCUGGAAAGUACUGAUGGUGAACGCCUUGUGAAGUCCCCACAGUGCUCGAAUCCAGGGCUCUGUGUCCAGCCCCAUCACAUAGGGGUUUCUGUAAAGGAACUCGAUUUAUAUUUGGCAUACUUUGUACAUGCAGCAGAUUCAAGUCAAUCUGAAAGUCCCAGCCAACCAAGUGAUGCUGACAUUAAGGACCAGCCAGAAAAUGGACAUUUGGGCUUCCAGGACAGCUUCGUCACAUCAGGUGUUUUCAGUGUGACUGAGCUAGUAAGAGUGUCACAAACACCAAUAGCUGCAGGAACCGGCCCCAAUUUUUCUCUCUCUGAUUUGGAAAGUUCCUCAUACUACAGCAUGAGUCCAGGAGCAAUGAGGAGGUCUCUACCCAGCACAUCCUCUACCAGCUCUACCAAGCGCCUCAAGUCUGUGGAGGACGAAAUGGACAGUCCUGGUGAAGAACCAUUUUACACAGGCCAAGGGCGCUCCCCAGGGAGUGGCAGCCAGUCCAGCGGAUGGCAUGAAGUAGAGCCAGGCAUGCCAUCUCCAACCACUCUGAAGAAGUCUGAGAAGUCUGGUUUCAGCAGCCCCUCCCCUUCGCAGACCUCCUCCCUCGGAACAGCAUUCACACAGCAUCACCGACCUGUCAUAACAGGACCGAGAGCAAGCCCACAUGCGACGCCAUCGACUCUCCACUUUCCAACGUCACCUAUCAUCCAGCAGCCUGGGCCUUAUUUCUCACACCCAGCCAUCCGUUACCACCCUCAGGAGACGCUGAAGGAGUUUGUCCAACUUGUCUGCCCCGAUGCUGGUCAGCAAGCUGGACAGGUGGGGUUCCUCAAUCCCAAUGGAAGCAGUCAAGGCAAGGUGCACAACCCAUUCCUCCCCACCCCAAUGUUGCCGCCGCCACCGCCACCACCGAUGGCCAGGCCUGUGCCUCUGCCCAUGCCAGACACCAAGCCUCCAACCACAUCAACAGAAGGCGGUGCAGCCUCCCCCACCUCACCGACCUACUCGACACCCAGCACCUCCCCCGCAAACCGAUUCGUCAGUGUUGGACCACGGGAUCCAAGCUUUGUAAAUAUCCCUCAACAGACACAGUCCUGGUACCUGGGAUAAAAGUUGCAGCGUCCCACCAUCCUCCAGACAGACCACCUGACCCCUUCUCAACUCUGUAACAUGGACGCAACCUCAACCCGGCGCAGUUACAACUUCACUGUCAGUGGAAGGGGAGAGACACCAACUCGAAUCAACUUGUACAUGGAAACAGCAAACGUCGUGGUCAAACAGCAAAGGCCAUAACUUUUCGGGAUUUUUUUUUUUUUUUUUUUUUUUAAUACUUUAGGGACUGUCGUAAUUUCUCAUAUGGUGCUGGAAAUGGUUGGGCUGUGUGACAUUUGAAGUGUUCCAGUGGUGGUGUGAGCAGUAGGUGAAGCGGCUGGUAGGGGAUGAGCCUUGCUCACGAACUUCCUGUUGUAACACUUGUGAGCCUGGCCUUUUCACAGUAUUUCAAGAAUUUGCCCGCGCAGGUGUGUGACCCUCCCGGAGCACUUGGAGACACCUGGAGAAUGAAAUCUUUCGUAGUAGCUAAGAUCUGUGAUCUGUAACUUACAGGACACUCAAAGGGCAAUGUUUUUUGGGUUUUUUUUUUUUUCUGUAACAUAUUAGAAAAAGCAAAUGCAGUUAAGUUGAUCUUUCUUUUAGUUUGGUUUGGUUCAGCAGUCAGCAGUUAAAUACAUAACACAACCCUCAAGGACAGUGAACCCACUCAUGUUGCAGAGCAAAUCCAAAAAGACAGCAAAGACUACUACUACUCUCAGUUCGGUUGUUUGUUUUUUUUUUUUAUUAAGUUUUGAAAUGCUGCACUUACAUUUAAAAAAAAACAUUUUCAACAAUUUCAACAAUGACACAAAAGUUCACAUGGAAAUGGGGAAGAUGGUCUGUUUUGACAGAAACUGACAGGAAUCAAAACAAUCGAAUUUUGAAUUGAGUGAAGUGCAAUUUCAUUGGAUAGCUAAGUAUCUUUGUAAGAUAGAGAUUGUUGAAAAUUCUAUUUUUGUUUUUCAAGUCCUCCCACCCCAGGACUCUAAAUUAUUGGGGUUAAAAAAAACAGCCUUGCAAGAAAAAGGGGAGCUAUUUUUGCUUUUUAUGUUUUUUAUUGUUAAACUUGUAUCCCUUUAAAAAAAAACCGAAGGAAAAUUUAAAAAAAAAUAACAAAAAAAAAUACAAAUCUAAUGGUGCUUUUACCACAAUAUGUUAACUACAUUAAAUGCUAAUUAAUUAUUUUCUGUUAUCAAAGCACAUAACUCAAAUGAAAUCAUGGUAUCUGUUAAUUUUAUAAGCUAGAAAUCACUAUAAUGAAUUAUGCCAAUUCUGGAAAAUUUUACACAUGUAUGGCAACACCAGAUCUAUCGGUUUUCAAAUGCCUCGUCGUAACCAGACAUUGUCCAGAAGUUUCAAAGACCCUUCGCAAACCCUGAACUGGGCUACGGGGAAAUAAUACUAACACUGAUAAGGACAUAACUGUGUGAGCCCAUUCAGAUCAAAGUACUUGUUAGGGAAAAUAAACAAACAAAAACAAAAUAUUCACACACACACACACCCCCAAAUGUCUUGUAUCUUAUGUUUAAGGAAAAAAGAAAAGACAAAAAAGACAAAACAAAAAUCAAAAAAAAAAAAAAAAGCAGAAACAAAUAAAUAAACAAAAAAAAAUGCAAGUGAUUUUUCUACCAGACAGCGAAGCACCCCCUUGCUUCCCAUGCGACUUCACGGUUUCCUAUACUAUACGUAUAUAUGUGUUCUGGUCGGCAGGCCCUGCCCACCAGAGGAAGUCUCUGCAUGUUCUAGUGUUAGUAACUAAUUUUUAUAUAGCUAAUGUAGGAUAAAGUAGAGUGCAUUAAGACAAUAUUGUAACCCCAGUCUAGGCACUUGCCUUUAAACUGUCUCAGCCCUUCAGAAGGGCUCAACUACUGUCCUAUACAAUCAAGUGACUGAAACUCCUGGGAAGACACUUUGCUCCUCAUCUAACCCCCCCCCCAAAAAAAAACGAUGUUGUUUUGUUUUUAUUUUUUUCCUUAAUUUGCACGAAAACAGAAAUUCCAUAUCAAUGUGCCUUGCCCUGGAUAGUGAUUAUUUGUGGAAUUGUUGCACAUGCUCCUCAAUUGAAGGGGUUUAAUCCCUACUCAAGCAUUCGGAGACACUUUUUGUAAAUGUAACUUUUAUGUCAGCCAUCGUCAGUUUCCACAUCUAGACCUAAAUAGAGAGGUAGCUGUUACGCAGACAGGCGUAGUCUCGGUUGUCCUGUGUGGUCAGUGGCAGUGCUAUUCUGAGCUCUGUAGAUGCUUACAACGUCAGUAUUUGGAUGUCGCUGCAUUUUUUUUUUUUUCAAUUUCUUUGGAGUCUUCCUUUGUCCCCGCCCCCACCCCACCCCCAGAUAUAUGAAAAUAUGCAAUACCUGCUUAUAUCAUGUAGAAAAGCUUAGCAAGUAUUAAUUUUUCUUUCUUUCUUUUUUUUUUAUUUGACCAAAGUCAGUGCUGCACAUGACGCAGUGGGUUUUAGGUGUCUGUCUUUGUGUUUUCUGUGGUUUCUGAUGCACGUGUGCAGGGAGGGCUCCUCUUAGAGAAGCAGUCAAACUGUGAAGCACUAAGCUGACCCUGCUUCAAGCAAUUUUGUUUUUACAACUGUUCCUUUCACAAGCAAGCCUUAAAAAAAAAACAAAAAACAAAAAAACAAAAAACAAAAAACAAAAAAAGACAACUUCCUUUCUCUUCAGCCCCCACACCCACUUUUCUUAGCAGACGGCAGUCAAUCCACAUUCAAUAAGAAGUACAUAAUGCCCAUUUUUAUAUGCACGUUUUUAAACUUCCAAGUUCUGAAAAUUGUUUACUGGUUAUCUCUAUUUAAGGAAAAAAAAUAAAAUAAAACAUUUUGGAUUUUCAUAUGUGUCUGAUAAGUGGUUGUAUAGUCGUUUGGCGCUGUUGUAUGGUGUGAUUGUCAGUGUACGGUGUCACUUCCGAUAGCCAGCAGCAGACUUUGCCUUCCCUAUAGCACUUAGCUGGGCAUUACUUUAUUAUGACAUAUGUGCACUAAAAAAAAGAGAGAGAGAGAGAGAGAGAGAGAGAGAGAGAGAGAGAAACAUAGCAGCUUUCAGUGCUUCACGGUGAAGGG